AUGGACAUAUCCUUCAGUGGAACGUGGUUGCGCAUCGCCAAAGAAAUGGACUCUAGAAUGUUCUCUGUUGAAUUUGUUGAUCUUAAGCCUUUACUGUUACGGCAAUACCGGAUUGCGAGACUUCCACCCGAAUUGUUAUCGGUCUCGUGCCAUCGAACUCUCGAAAGUCAGUGCGGCGAAACGGUAGUUAAUUCUGCGAUUACCCCGUCCCACUCCUGCGUACCUAAUAUGCAUACCCGUGUUUACGACAGGCACACAUACUCACCGAGUUCUCCGAGUACCGUUAGACGAUCUUCGGUCCCCAGUUCCCGCGAGGGGGUUCAACAUCUUCGAUAUAUAAAGAGGUAA